AUGCUUAUUAAUCAAACAACACGAGUCAAUAAUCGACGUAUAACAAGAACAAAUAUUGAUUCAUCAUCAAUAAAAAAGACUAAAAAACAACAGCAACAAGAUUUAUCAAAUGAUGAUAUAUCUAAUCGACGUAAAUUACGUAGUUCAAAUUCUGAUACAAUAGAAUCUAAAACACAUCGACAACAAGCGUUACCAAUACGUAAAGAACGAAAAAAACGAAUUAAAAAAAAUAUUAAUAAUCAAGAACAAGAUAUAACCAUUACUCAAAUUAAUACGAAAACAAAAAAUAAUAACGAUGAUAUAAUUAAUACUGUUGAAAUCAAACAAGAAGAUGAACUUGUUAAUAAUUAUUCAUUACUUGAUUCAUCACCAUUAUCUCAUUCAAUGUUUGAUUCAAUAGUUGAUCAUAAUCAAUUUUGGCAUCGUAAUCAAAUAGUAACACCAACUGGUUAUUAUUUACCAGCGAAUUCAUCACCAUAUGGUCAUCAAUCAAAUACAAGUUAUCAUUUAUCAACAAGUGAUGUUGAUAAUUCAAACUCAUCAAUACAUGAUAAUACGACAAAACUAAUAAAUAAUAAUAAUAAUAAUAAUAAUAAUAAUAAUUGUGGACAAUCAAGAAAAGAUAAAUCACUUGGUUUACUUUGCCAGAGAUUUAUUUCAAUGUAUCCACCCAACGUUCAUCCUGGUGAAAUGAUUGUUAUUUGCCUUGAUAAAAUGGCUCGGGUUCUUGAAACAAAACGAAGACGAAUUUAUGAUAUUGUUAAUGUUCUUGAAUCAGUUGAAACAAUGAGUCGAAUUGCUAAAAAUCAAUAUCAAUGGCAUGGAUUAGGAAAUUUAGGUCAUACAUUAUCAAAACUUAAGACAUUAGCAUACAAAUCUGGCUUUGUUGAAUUUGCUCGUUCAAUUCGUGAACAAAUCGAUCAAAUGGUUCUAUCUGGUCAAUUGAAUACUGGUCAAGGAACACAAAAUGAAGCACUUAAAUGUAUACAAAUCGUAUCGACUGGUAAAAAUGUUUCAUUAUCAGAGAACGAUGAAGUUGCUCGUGAAGAAAAAGCAUUGGGUAUAAUGGCACAAAAAUUUCUUAUGCUUUUUCUUACAUCUGAUGAUCGAAUUGUCAAUAUUAUCUUUGCGGCUAAAGUUUUAUUGGGUGAUUCGAAAAAUGAAAUAACUGAAUUUGGUCGUUAUAAGACAAAAGUUAGACGAUUAUAUGACAUUGCAAAUGUUUUAUCAACAAUUAGUUUAAUAACAAAAGUAACAGAUCCAAGUUAUCGUGGUCCUCGACCUGCAUUUCAAUAUAUUGGACCUCGAACUGAAAUUAUACAUCACGCAGAAAAUGUUGUUGAUUUUAUUAAUUCUGAAAAUACAAAAUCAAAUUCAAAACAUUCAUUAUUUGAUCAUUUUAAACGAAAUCUUUUUCUUAAUUGUACGAUUCCAAGAUUUGAUCCAAGAAAUGGUUUACUUGGUCUAAAAAGUGCAUUAGAUAUGAAUGGUCGAAGUAGUUCAGGUGUUACAGUUACUGGAGUUUAUUCAAAUAAUGUUGGUGGAGAUGAUGAUAUUCAACAUCCAACUAGUAGUGAAAAUUCACUAACAACACAACAUUCAACAUCCUAUAUUCCUGAAUCAAAAAAAAGAAAAUUUUCAAAAUGUAACGAUAUUGAUAAUCAAUAUAGAAAUAUUCUUGUUCCAUCGAUUGGAUUUGGUAAUACAUCAUCAGUAAAUCCUAUACCACAAACAUCUAAUCCUACUUAUCUUCAAUUUACUCCACAUGAUUCAUCAACUACAUUUAAUUCUUCAAAUCUUCUAACAUAUAAUUCUCAUCAAACAUGGUCAUCAAAUGAUGAUAAUUCAAAUAGUUCAUUAAUAAAUAAAACAACACGACGUCGUAAUCAAACAAUCAAUAAUAAUAUUCCAAAACGACCUGUUGGUAGACCACCAAAAAAACUUCAACAACAAAAAACUGAUGAAAUACUUAUUCAACCAUCAGAAUCAAACUCAUUAAUUGAACAAACAACAUCAAUUAGAAAUUCUGAUCAACAAUCAACAAUAAAAUGUCAUCCACAAGAUUUACAAGAUAUUAAUGUUGAUAUAUUAACAUAUCAAAUGCGUAGUGUUCUACCAUCGAUAAGUAAUUCGAUAAAUUUAACAAAUUCAUUAUUCAAACAAGAAGAUAUAUUAUCACCAAUAAAUACAUAUCAUUAUGAUAAUGAUGAUCUUAUUGAAACAAAUACUCUUCCAAGUAUUAAUUCAUUUAUGAACAAAAAAUAUCUUCUUUAA